AUGUCCAAAACAUCUGCGUACCAAUCAAUGUCCACCGUGGCCACGCUUUUUGCUGGCCCGGGGAGCGCGGCAAAUGUCUCCGGCUCAGUCAAUGAGAAUGUCGGAUUUCGCUUCGUUUUAGAUCGAACAGUUCAAACUCUGUCUACUAACGGAGUUCCCGACUCUCGCCAGAUUUCUGGGCUGCUAUUUGUGCCCAGCCUUACUGCCGAGGACCCUUGCAGCGAGAUCGCUGCGCAAAUUGUUCCGAAAAAUGUCACUCGCCACGAGGACGUCCUGACCUUCGGGUAUCCGACCGUUGGGAUUGCUCCGUGGAUAUCAGUAGAUUGCACUAACUCUUUUCUGGCUGCCUCGCGAGAGGCGAAGGCUGAUGCGCUGGUAUUCUAUCAGCCCUCUAUUAAAGAGUCUGGAAUCCCUCCACCGGCGAGUGAUAUUUGCUGGAAUCUCAACGACGGUGACCAGUGGAAAAGAGACAACCCUUACCCUAUCUACGCAAUUCCUGGACCUGCAGCAGCAACUCUGAUGCGUGAACUUGCUUGGUUCUCUAAUGGAAAGACAAACCGGAGCCAUGAAGACAGUCAUCCGUCCUUUCAGAAGCGCGAUAGUAGUGUUCGCUUGUUCACGAUGAUUGCCAAUGAACGCCAGUCAGACUCGACCCCAAGCCUAUGGAGCAUUGUCAUCAUAAUACUCGGAUCAAUAUUCGGGUUAAGCUUGAUAGCCUACAUCAUAUGGCUGACCCUCAAGCGCCGAGGGCUUCUACAAGCCGCGACGCUUGCCGCCCAUCCGCAAGAUAAUGUCGAGACAGUCCCAAUGACCCGAGCCAUCGCGGUCCAGGUACCCCGCGAGAUCGUUGAGCAGCUGCCUCUUUAUAUCUAUGCAGGCCCAAGAUCAUCAUCUGUGGCAUCACUCGUCAAGGACGAAGUUGAAACCAAUGUGGCAGAGAUUGAUCCUGGCAGCCAAUCGCCGGAGCCCCCGACCGAGGAGCUUCGCGAAGAGCUCCCCAACGAUACCAACAGGGUAGUUGGCAUCAGACGGCCGGCGCCGGCUGUCAUCAGGCCAGGUAGCGGAGGGAUUGUAGCUUCUGCAAAUCCCUAUCGGCUGAGCCAUACUCAAACUAUGUGUGCAGUCUGCUUUGAUACAUUCGUCAUUGGAUCCACUAGAGUCCGUGAGCUCCCAUGUGGACACAUCUUUGACCCUGAAUGUAUCGACCCUUGGCUCCUGACAAGGAACAGUGAGUGUCCUUUGUGCAAGAUGAGCGUUCUCGCACCGGGCUCAAUCAAUACCCCUGCCACGUGAUGUAUUUGAAGAUGAGUAACAAGUUUGACAUUUGGAAAGGGGGAGUACAUCCAUUCAAUACCCAGCAUUAACCAGCAUAUGUAUGUUUAGCGAGUUUUUUAGUGCCUGCAUUUUUACAACAUGAACAGUCCUAGGGCGGGAAGUGGAAUGGAUCAAACAAUUGCAUCGGCAGGGUGCCGAGUGUGAUUUUCUCUUAAUCUGGUCCUUGUUCCUUCCCAAACAUUGAGUUACUCCAUGACUCUUUCUGCUAUUCCUUCAAAGCGUAGAAUUUCUCCUGCUGCUAGAAAUGUAUGGGCCAGAGAACAAUUUGGAGGGGAC